AGUUUAUUAUACAUCAGGUCGGUUCGUAAUACAUCGUAUCGGUUUUGUUAGCGGAAGCAAAACUGAACCUCGCCGUUGACUCGAACGCCUUCGUCUCGUCAGCCAUCCAAGAAUUCAUCAUCUAGCCGAUGACUUCCGUCACUUGACAUUGCCGAAUGUUAAAACCUUGUUAGACGAGCGAAAUUAUCCCUCGCGAUGCGAUUGGCUCGCAGGAGAGAUUAAAUUUACAAGGCUGCGCGUCCAGAGCGGAAGUAGUUUAAGGCGGUUCGUGCCAGGCUGGAGAGCAAAAUUUGAUUAAGGAAUUUUAGAGACGUUAUCGCGAUACGCAAUUUGACCAAUUUCCAGGAGUAUGCAGGGACACGUUCCUCUUUCGGGGACGCCCGUCGAGAGACAAACCCUUGAGGAUUGUGCAGCCUACCGGAAACUCGACGAAUUCGGUUCCGACGUGGGUUCGUAAAUAAAGCUCCUCCUGCGUAAUUGCUAAUCGCGGCCUUGCCCAAUGACACAUUAAUUGCGCGAUACGUUAAAGGAGGGUCAGGGAAAUUACGGCGUAAUCGGAGUUAAGCGGCACGUAUUGGGGACCUUAUAAAGUGGCGGUAAGAUCAGGAAGACGGUCAAAUCCGCGAGACCGUGCGCGCAUCACCAUGAUCGCCAUUUUGAUACCGUUCCUCCUGGGUCGUGACCCGCUUGAGCGUGGACGAGAACACCUGGAAGAACGGACCGGAGUACACGUUCCAGGUGUCGGUCAACUCGACCGCGAAGAUCAGACGUCACGAGGGGCUCUACACGGGCUCGAGGAUGAAGUCCAACCUGAAGUGCCAGCCGAAGGGGACCUCGACCCUAAGCUGUCACCUGGAGGGUCCCGAGAUGACGAAUCUCGAGUCCUACAUAAGCGAGGGCACGAGAGUCGUCACCUACGAGAGCUCGGAGACCCUGGACAUCGGCGAGGAGGCUUUCGAGAUGAACUUCGAUAGGAACGGGGUAGAGAGUCUGCUGGUCGACAAGUCCGUGUCCCCGUGGACCUUGGGGAUAAUCAGGCUGAUCGCCGGCCAGCUCCACGUGGGCGCCGACCUGGCCAACAGGCCCGACGGGGUCUUCGAGGACCGGGAGGUCGGAUACGCCGGCGACUGCGCCACCACCUUCGACAUCACCCGCUACGCGUGCGACAGGGUGGGCUCCUCGGAGAGCUGGGAAAAGCCCGACUUCGUUCUCGUCCUUCCCGACGUCGUCGUGCCCGAGGGGAACGUCCUCGAGAUCGAGAAGACCCGACACAUGGACCGGUGCCGGUACCGCUCCGACUACGUCUUCGGAAGCGACAGGGACUUCGAGGCCGAUCCCGACAAGGUCAACGUGAACGUGAAUUACUCCGAGAGUCGGAUCAGCAUAAGCGACGAUACCUUCGUCUCCACUUCGACGACCGAAGCCGUAAUGAAGGGGAUGAAACGCAACAAGAAGUACAUGAUUACCGACGAGAUAAUGGUCACCUUGAUCGGCGUCGAAGCUGCCGCGGACGCGCCGCCGACGAUCUCCGAUCCCACCGUCGUUCCCGUCGUCCCCGUCGUCCUGCUCGACAGUCUGUAAAUCGAAACGAUUUCUGUGAAAAGUACAAACGUUACGUUUAACGAGGCGAGGCGUACAAAGGACUCGCGGAUCCAUCGGUCGGAAUAAAAAUCCGUCAAUUGGAAUUACGCUA